AUGCUCACCCUCGUCGUUCUCGCUACCCUUGGCAUCGUAGCAAAUGCUCUGACACCGUACGACGGUCCCAGACCCAAUCUCACCCACAUCCCGUUCGGCUACGGAGGUUUGGCGAACGGCGGAUCAUUGAACGCAUCUGCCGUUUACGUAGCCACCAACGCGAGCGAGCUGAGAGAGGCAUUGGCACUGCCAUACGCGAAAACCGUCUAUGUUCAGGGUGUCAUCAAUGGCAAUGAACAACAUGAUGGUACCCUUGCCGACUGCCAAUAUUACAUCGAUCACACCGGCUCGGAUGGUGCUGCCAUUCGAUCCUACAACUUUACUCUGUACCUAUGGAGCCUCAACAGCACCUACCUGGCGGAGGUUGAAGCGGCCGCUGCUGCCAACGAAACGUUCGAUGGCCUGAACGCGACAGAGUACCGGACGUUACUUGGGCAUAUGAACGGGUGGCGACCGGUCGUAUCGCAGACUCAGAAAGCAUCCGUAGCCUUCAAUGUUCUCAGCAACACAUCGCUUAUCGGGCUCAGCGACGACGCCGCGCUCAACGGGAUAAACUUAAAACUCUCGUCCGUCGAUAACGUCUGGGUCAGAAACCUCAAGGUCGUGUCCCCCGCGGACUGCUUCCCUGCGCCGGAGACCUACCCAAGUACUUGGAACGCGGACUACGAUGCAUUUUCCCUGGUGACGUCUACCAACAUUUGGGUGGACCAGUGCGAACUGCAAGACCAAAUCAACGGGUCGUAUGUGAUCCCGGACACGGUCGACCCUGGGUGGCAGGUCGACCGCUUUGACGGCCUCUUCGAUUGCGAAGAUGGAACAGACAACGUCACUUUCUCUCACAACAUUGUCCGCAACCAUCACAAGUCCAUGCUCUUGGGAGGCGGCACCAAGGAGGCUGAUCGAGACCUGGGCUUGAUGCACUUUACGAUGUUCGGUAAUCACUUCGUUAACUCGGCCUCGCGCAGCCCGCUCCUCCGCUUCGGCACCGCCGACAUCUUCGCCAACGUAUUCGAACAAAUCAUGAGUGCGUCACCGGUGUUCAGCUCGUCGGAGGUCGGCGGAACAAACACCUCGACUGAAGACGGAAACCUCCCCGCGGACGCCGUCUUCGAGUACAACAUAGGGGUGUACAACCAGUCCAGCGUACAGGUCGCAGAUAACGUCUGGAUCCAAUCUGGGUCGUUCGCGAGCGAUACCUCUCGCAUUUUCACGCUCAGCGAGGACACCAGUCCUAACCUGCCUGCACACCUGUGCGUUCGGCUGCCCGGGGACGCCUUCUCCGAUCCCAUCAUAGACUCCACAGUGAACGGCGCGGUCGUGAACAUCUCGGCCGUAGCGGAAGAAACUAUCGACUACUUUGUUACCAAUGCGACGAGCAAAGCGGUGGCGGGCGGGGUGCUCCUCACGUGUGCCGACUUUUCUUACGAGUACACGUGGCCGACGGAAUUCAACAGUGCAGAAGAGGUGGAAGAGUACGUCCUUCGAGAGGCGGGCCAGGUUGGCGCUCCGUGAUGUACUACCCUGCAGAUUACGGAUCGAGGACUCUACUCUUGAACAUCCG